UCUUUAACUGAUCAAAUGUAUCCGUCCUUUCUCCAGGGUUUUCAUGUGAAUGACAAGGUGCUUGCCAGCUGGUCUGACUGCCGUUUCUACCCCGCUAAAGUUAUUUCUGUCAAUAAAGAUGCAUCCUACACUGUCAAGUUCUAUGAUGGAGUUGUCCAGACAGUAAAAGGGAUACACGUGAAGCCUUUUAUUAAAGAGAGAGGUGGUGUUGGUGGAGGAAAGUCUCGGUCAUCUGAAAGGAACAUGGUCAGGAGGGCUCCAAAUCGCAGAGACAGGAGGCCUCAGGAGAACGGAGGACCCAAGAACAAGCGAGCCAGACGCAGCACCUCUGACCAGGAGGAGGAGAGCAACAGUGAGGACGAGGAGCGAGAAGAAAGGGUAGUAAAUGAGAAGAACGAGAAGACAAAUGGUGAGGUAGAGGCUGCAACGACUAUCAAACAAGAAGAAGAAAUGUCGCAGCAGGUAGAUGAGGACAAGCCCAGGGAUCUACAGAUGAAGACAGGACUCACAAACGGGGUGAAGGUUGAAGAAGACUCUGAACAAAACAAGGAAAGCUGCCACCUCAAUGAAGAGGUGAAGGAGGAGGAGGAGGAGAUGGAAACAGAAGGAAGUGAAACAAAGCCAUAUACAGAUUUGCCUAAGCCAUACAAAGAGUUGCAUACUCAGUUGCCAGCACAGCCAGAGCAGGUGUCUGUCACUAUGACAACCACUGAAUCUAAUGGAACAGUGGAGCAGAAGCCAAACGUCCAACCAGAAAGCUCACAGGCUUCAGCAGAUGUGCCACCUCCCCAGCCUGUGAAACCGGUGAGGAAACAGGGUUUCCACAACCCCAACAGAUUCAGCAGAGAACCACUGUACAGAGUGAUCAAAAACCAACCUCCCCCCGUCCUGUCCAUCAACCUCGACCACAACCCGUUUAAGUGCAGCGCUCCUGGCUGCCCUAAGUCAUUCCGUAAGGCCAAGCUGCUGCACUACCACAUGAAAUACUAUCACGGCGAGGAGCAGCCUCUAGAGGGAGAGCGGAGCCCCACCAGGAGCAUACAAACCAGGGCCUCUGACAAACAGGUCGGCGGCACUGGUAUGGAGGGCCCCAGAAGAAGGCGGACCAUCUCUGCUUCUAUGCACUCUGUUGGAGCUGGCACAGCCCCCCGUGGCGAGGUGAAGACUGCCGGCAGACGCACAUCAGCCCCACCUGUCGUCAACACUCAGGGUCAUCAGCAGAGGGCACUGCUGAGGGAGAAGAGCAAGGAGAACCAGCUGGACAGGAACGGAUGUCAUCAGCAGGACAAGGACUCAGGCAGGAGUGGUUUUGACAUUGGGUCAUUAAAAGACAAACUGAAAGAGAAACCAAAACAGAAGGACUUCCUCCGCAUUAAACUAAAGAAGAAGAAGAAGAAAAGAAAGCCAAGUCUGGUAAGAAGGGACUACACAGGUAGUGAGGAGAAUAUUGACAUCUCAGUAUUGGGUCUUCAGUCCAAAUUGAAUUUGCCAAUCAAAUCCCCCCCCUCACACUAUCACAAGCCUGAUGCCUACCCCUGCAGGCCAGGAUACAGCUACUCAGAGCAGAUACAUGUGGAUGAUGAUGAUAGCAUCAGCGACUGGUCCACUGACAGCUGUGGGUGGAGUGACGAUGACUUCGGGGUUGAUUUGGACAUCACCACGCCUCCCUUGAGUAUCGACUCAGGGGCUGUAGACACAAGUGACCAAGAGAUUGUUCGAUGUAUCUGUGAGGUGGAGGAAGAAAAUGACUUCAUGAUUCAGUGUGAAGACUGUUUGUGUUGGCAACAUGGCACCUGCAUGGGCCUGCUAGAGGACAACGUACCAGACAAAUACACCUGCUAUAUCUGCAGAGACCCACCAGGUCAGAGGCAGAGUCUGCGUUACUGGUAUGAUCGUGAGUGGUUGAGCAAUGGUCACAUGUACGGCCUGUCCUUCCUGGAUGAGAACUACUCCCACCAAAGCAAGAAAAUUACCACCACCCACCAGUUGCUGGGAGACGUGCACCACGUGGUGGAGAUCCUCAAUGGGCUGCAGCUCAAGAUGAGCGUCCUACAAAGCAAUACUCACCCUGACCUGCAGCUGUGGAGGCAGCCAUGGAAGCACUUGGAGAGGUCCCGGAUCAGCUCUGACUCAUGUCGUGGCAGUGACGCAGUUCCGUCUCCCGUGACUCCUGACGAGGACAUGAGCCGAGGCGAAAUUCUGAUGUCUAAUGCUCUGGAGAAGCUUAGCAAGGCUGCUACAGCGGCUUCCUCCUCGUCAUCCUGCUCUUCUUCCCCCUUCCCAUCCUUCCAGGACUCGUACAUUACCAGUGAACAUUGCUACCAGAAACCACGAGCAUAUUACCCUGCUGUGGAGCAGAGGCUGGUGGUGGAGACCAGACAGGGCUCAGAGCUUGAGGAUAGCAUGAGAAGUACAGAGGAACUUUUGGAGCGGGAGCAGCGCUAUGGAAGCCUGCUGGAGACAGACAAGCCCAAAUCAGCCGGGACGUGUAACAAGGCUUUGAUGAGUGGCUCUUGGUCCCAGGCUGACACAAGGGAAGAUAGUGGAAGAGAUCCCGGAGAGGCUGCAGACAAUAGCAAGCAGCAUAAUCAAAGGCAGAUCAACCUGCUGGAUCACAUAGAUGCAGUCCAGGAUGAGGUCUCACACAGGAUGGACUUCAUUGAGAGGGAGCUGGAUGUGCUGGAGAGCUGGCUGGACUACACAGGGGAGCUGGAACCUCCUGAGCCCCUGGCCCGUCUGCCUCAGCUUAAACACCGCAUGAAACGGCUGUUGACACAGCUGGGGAAGGUGCAGCAGAUCUCUCUGUACAGCUCCACAUGAGGGCGCCAGAGAACAGCAGCAGCAGCCUCAGUCCCAUGCAGCUGCAUCAUGAGUGCAGCGGAGGAAGGGAAGCUCACUGGAUUCUGGCUGCAAAUAUAACUCAGAUCGUUCAGUAUGUUCCCUCUGGCCUGACAUCAGCUGCUGUUUCUCCUUUUUUUUAAAGGUUGUGUGUGGGUGAAUCCAAUGCUGCUGCCAGAAAGUUUCAUGUAUGACAUUUAUAUGGAGACUAAUGGAAGGUCAGCAUUUUAAAUCAGGAUAAAACACAAAAAGUAACCUCUUAAUCGCAGGAGAAAAUCCUUAGGACCAGAUUACACUUCUAUGGUUCCCAUGCAACUUUAACCUUAUGAAUGCCUUUUGUAUGAAGCUACUGCUAAAGGUUGCCCUGUCUCUCUUAGUACACAGUGCUUUACAUGCAGAAGCUUUGUACUCAAAAUUGCAACCAAGUUCCUGAAACUACACAGCCCCUUUGCAAUAGUUCUCGAAAGAAGUUUUCAUAGAGUUGCUGUUUUGCGUUAAAGCGUCCCAAAGUUCUGUUUUUGUCUCUUGUCAUACCAUACUGCAUUAAAAUUCUCACUCCGGUGUGGACAGACAGUUACUUGAAGACAUCCUGUAUGUAAUGUGACUGAACAACAGUCUCUUCAAAUACAUUGUUCUGUUUUUGGCAUACUCAGUGUUUUUUUUAUACUACACUGUGAAGUUAUUUCUGUCUGGAAUCAAAGGAGUCUUCUCUUCAGUUUCAGACUUUGUCAAGUGUGAUUUCUGUUUUGUCUGACCUGUAUUCCUUCUUUUCUGCAAGUCCUCAUCAGUGUACCAGUUUUAUUAGUUAACCUUCAUACGUCACUACUGUAUCACUUACUUAAACUUACUCUUUGCAUUGUUGUUGUUGUAGACUUGACCUUUCUCUAAAGAGUGUAAUGUGUACUUGUUUUCCUUCACCUAGAUUAUUGUACUUUGUAAGUUACAAAUGAUACUUAAGACUAAUAAAUUUAUUUUUUCUGUUCUUUUUUUUAAUUUACUGUAUUUUGGUUGUAAAUAUGUUAAUCAAAAUGUGCUCCUCUUAUUGAAAACAUUCUUAUAAUUCAGAUGUUGUAUGCUUCUGUACUGUAAGUGUCUGGCUUAGAAGCAGGGAAAUGUAAAAACAAUGCAAACAUUUGCUGGUACAUGAAUAAACUCAUUGUUACUAUUCACUAUGGA